AUGGACUCAUGCCUCAUGGACUCAUGCCUCACUUACUCAUGCCUCACGAACUCAUGCCUCAUGGACUCAUGCCUCAUGGACUUAUGCCUCAUGGACUCAUGCCUCAUGUACUCAUGCCUCAUGUACUCAUGCCUCAUGGACUCAUGCCUCAUGAACACAUGCCUCAUGAACACAUGCCUCAUGGACCCAUGCCUCAUGGACACAUGCCUCAUGGACCCAUGCCUCAUGGACUCAUGCCUCAUGGACCCAUGCCUCAUGGACUCAUGCCUCAUGGACCCAUGCCUCAUGAACCCAUGCCUCAUGGACCCAUGCCUCAUGGACUCAUGCCUCAUUAACUCAUGCCUCAUGAACACAUGCCUCAUGGACUCAUGCCUCAUGGACCCAUGGCUCAUGGACUCAUGCCUCAUGAACACAUGCCUCAUGGACCCAUGCCUCAUGGACCCAUGCCUCAUGGAGCCAUGCCUCAUGGAUGUCGGAAUCUCACCCACCUCCACUGUCCCCUUGCUGUAUCCUUACUUUCUCUGUCCAUGGUUCUCGUUUCUGUCUCCCUUGCUGUGCUCUUCGGCUUAG